AUGGCGAGUAGACGAGAGAAACGGGGCCGCCGAAAACGCCGUAGAAACCCUAACCACCGAAAACUCAUCAAACCAAUCGACGGUGCAGAUUUCAUCAACUAUAUGCCAGAUGAGAUCCUUCAUCAUAUUCUCUCCUUUAUUCCCACCAAGUUGGCCAUGAGAACUUGCGUUUUAUCCAGACGGUGGAGGCAUGUUUGGUGCGAGACACCUUGUCUCGAUAUCGAUCAGAGUAGAUUCGAGGAUGGAGUGAUAAACCAAACCCUAAUAACUAAUUCCUACACGACUCCCAAAAUCACUAGUUUAGUCAUGAGCCUUAAUUACAACUCUUGCCACCAGAUUGAUAGCUGGAUCGAGUUUGCUAUCUCCCGCAAUGUGCCGAAGCUUUCUGUGGCCAUCUUAGAUUUUGAAUUCUCCAAGACUUACAGUUUUCCAGUUUUCUUCUAUCUCAGUUCAUCCUUAAAGCAACUCACCGUGAAAGUGAGCUUUUGUGUUAUGAUUCCCACGUGCAAAGUGUCUUGGAAAUCCCUAAGGAACUUGUCUCUGCGUUAUUGUCAAGUUCCAGAUGAAUCCAUUGAUAAUAUUCUCUCUGGCUGCCCAAUCCUCGAAAGCUUGACACUGGAGUCAUGCAAAUUACUUGAGCGUCUUGAUCUGAGUAAAUCACCGAGUUUGAAGAGAUUAUAUAUAAAUCGGGAAUAUCCGCUUGCAGGGCCAGUUGUCAUUGUAGCGCCACACAUCCAUUAUUUGAGAUUGACAUACUCGUCGAAACCGUCCACUUUAGUGGAUGUCUCAUCUCUGACCGACGCUGACCUUACCAUUAACAGAUACUUAAUCCUCCCCUCGCAAGCUGAUCUUUAUCAAACCAUGGCGCUGGAGAUGCUAGCAAAAUCACACAACGUAGAAAGGCUUACUGUUGGGGAAACCCUUCUUCAGAUCCUAUCUCUCGCCGAGCUCCGUGGUAUUCCUUUCCCGACGCUCAAGAUUCAAACUUUGAUUGUUAGAACGGAGUUUGUUCGGUCUAUUAUCCCUGGUCUAUCAAGGUUACUACAAAAUUCACCUGGACUAAAGAAGCUAACAUUACACACAAUGCACAGCCAUCGCAUAAUGGAUAUGCAUCUUUUAAAAGGUUUAUACCCGGAUCAAUGUUGGAGAUCAGAAUGUGAGGCGUUUCCUACCUCAAAGGAGAUCUAUAACAUGUUGGGUUGUAACGAUGCAACGUCGAAGCUCUUGGCUUCGUUCAUGGAAUUGGUGCUGAGAAACACAAAGACACUUGAGAGGAUGGUUGUAUGGUUGGGAGGUACUUACUUUAAUGAUGCACAAUGGUUUGAAGAGCUGCUUCAGAUGGCUGCAACACUUUCUCAAGACGAUAACGUCUCCAUUGUGCUCAAAAGAAGCAAUUGCUAAAAAUAUUUGCAUCAUUAACACAAUUUAAUCUUAUACAACACGUUAUAAAUAUUAUUUUCUAUCAAACUAACCAUUACAAAAAUCUCAA